GGCGGCAGAGUUUACAAAAACAAGAACCGGUUCACUUUCGUGUGUACAUUUUACAUAUUUUCCUUUGCGUUUAAAUUUUAAAUGUGUGGAAUUUGCUGUAGUAUUUCCACUACCGGAAAUGGUGGCAAUUCAUCACAACAACAAUGCGACAUUUGUCGGGGUCGUGACUUAAAUGAUAUUUCGUCCUCUUCCCUGCUUGACGACAUGGUUACCCUGCACGCCCGUCGGGGUCCUGACCUUUCUUCUCCCCCUCCGUGGGAAACCUCUCACAUUUUCUCGGACGAUGAUGAUAUCAACCACCACGUCCACUUAUCCGGUUAUACUCUUUGGACACAAGGACCCCGCCCUUCGCCACAACCAUAUUCCUCUAUUGAUAAUGAGUACCAUCUCCUCUUCAAUGGGGACAUUUACUCUUUUACGGGUGCUCACAAUUACGAAAACGACCUAGCCUUCGACCCUACCAAGACGAACGACGGACUCGCUCUUUUUCACGCCUUGACACAAUUCUCCACCUCGUUUGAGGAGAAUUUGACCUCCGUAAUUUCCAAUCUGCGCGGACCCUUCGCCUUCAUCUUGGUCGUGAAAGGAAGGGAAAUUUGGUUCGGUCGCGACUUUUUUGGACGGCAGAGUCUACUCUUUUCCAGCAGUAAUUCAAAAUUGAGCUGGCACAUUUCAUCCGUUUCUGUAUUUCCCGACCUUUUCGAAAUCCCUGCCACGGGAAUUUUCCGCCUUGACCUAUCCUCUCAGACGGUCACCUUGUUCCCUUACCACGAGCCUUUGAACCAUCAACGUCUCGAUGUCGCUGCAAAUCUCGACCAAUUUGCAGAAUUCUUGUCCAAGUUUGACCUCACCUUCAUCCCAAAUAACUCUCCUCAUAGUAUUCACCAAAGUUUCGACACUACAUUUCUCCAAUCUCAUGACGACGACAAUACCACUCUCGCUAAACUCGUCGAUCUCUCGACCAAAAAUCUCCCUCCUGGCGAAACCCUUCGCCACGCUGCAACCAUUUUGUCCCCGUACAUCACCUCCUUCCUCUCCCAUCUCCGCCGUGCCAUUCAUCUUCGUCUCACCGCUGUUGCGCCACACUGUAAAACCUGCUCAACUUCCUGUCACCAUUCUCGAGUCGGAAUUCUCUUCUCAGGAGGUCUCGACUCGACCGUGUUGGCCUAUCUCGCAGCCGAACAACUCAACUACGAAGACAGUCUGGACUUGCUCAACGUCUCCUUCACAUCCUCCACUGCGCCCGAUCGCAUCACCGGACUCGAGUCUUACGCCAUGUUGACAGCACUUUUCCCCAAGAAACGACUCAACCUUGUCCUCAUCGACGAAACGAAGGAGGACGUCGUCACCCAACGCCGUGAAAGGAUCAAGACCCUUAUUUCCCCGUUGACGAGUGUGAUUGACGACUCGCUCGGGUGCUGUCUCUGGUUUGCGGGUAGAGGAGGAAAGGACAACAACUUGUCCCCAGUUAGGACAGUUCUUCUCGGAUCGGGUGCCGACGAACUGUUUGGUGGGUACAGUCGACACAAAUCAGCUUACGAAAGAGGAGGAUGGGACAGUCUUACGGCGGAAAUGCAAAUGGACCUGGAUCGAAUUUCUAUCCGGAACAUGGGACGAGACAAUAGGGUGCUCUCUGAUCACGGCUUGUCUCCCAGGAUGCCAUUUCUGGACGAGGCCGUCGUUCACUUCCUGGCUCGAGAGGUUCCCACGUGGGUGAAAUGCUGCCCCCUUUUUAAGCAUGUCGGUUUGGGGGAUAAAAUUCUACUCCGUGCCACCGCCCUCACCCUUUUUGGAGACGACCACUCCUCCGUGGCGCUCUUUCCCAAGAGAGCGAUGCAGUUUGGCAGCAGGAUUGCAAAACUGGAAAAUUCCAAGGAGAAAGGAGGCGACAAGUGUGCACGACUAGUCUGAUGUGAUAAAUUGUGAUCCAUUUAUGCAAAAUAUUAUGCACAUUUUUAAUUAAUAUUACGUCUCUUGAAAGUUUUUAAUUUUUGUGCAUAAAAAAAGUUAUCCACUUUUUGAAAA